AUGCUCCAUAAUGAGCUCUCAGACCACCCGAACCGGAUUACUGGCUUAUUAGACUGGCCAGCGACUCGCCAGCUGUCCACGCUGGAUCGCGCAUCGGCUGCUAGUGGACACACGAACACGGGCUCGGAGAACUUGGAGGGUUUUGCCUUGAUGGUUGAUGUUGAUGCCGAUGGAACACUCGCGAUGGCCCGUCAUCUGUUGCACGGGGACGUCUGUAUACAGCGGCCCGUGUGCUCGUUUGCGGGAUCCCAUGGCAAGUCACAACGUUGA